UUUCUUUGUCUACCUCUGUCAAUCGUAUGAUUGAUCUGUGGUACGUAUUAAUCUGUGAAUUUUGUGUAUCAGAAGUUUGAAAAAGGUUAUUCGGGAAAAAUGUUUGAAAUGAUCGAGGAAAAUGAAAAACUGGUAGUUAAUAACGAAAAGGAAAUAGUUAUCCAUGAAAAUUCACCUGUUAAAGUUGAAACAAAGGAUUGCAUGGCGUUAGAUGUUGAUAAGACUUGUAGGGUGUGUUUGGAAGUUCAGGAGGAAGAAAAUUUAUACUCCUUAUACGGAAUUAACGAAUAUUUUUCAUCAACCUCAAUUUUUAAAGUCAUUGACGAUUGUUUUGGUGUCAUGUUGCAACAAGACGAUACGUUACCAAGCGCAAUUUGUUCCCAGUGUGCUUUAAGUACCCUUCAAGCUUGCAACUUUAAACACACGAUGUUAAAUAGUGAAUACAUUUUGAGUAAAACCGAAACUGAGGUUACUACUGUAAAUUCCAAAGAUGAUAUAUCAUCAUCGCUUUCGCUAACAGAUGACAGUUUUUCAUCCGUAUCUUUUGAUCACAACUACAGCGUGAAAACCGAGAAAAAAGAGAAUCUGCAAAACGAAAUUGAUGGUGAUCAGUCUGCCGAAACAACAUGUAUUGACAAGGUCGAGGUCGAGUAUUUGUCAACGCAAGAUCAAAAUUUGCAAUUGUACGAUACUUCUGAAAAGUGGUGGUUAACAGACCUUGGCUCGCCUUACGACUGUAGAAUUUGUAAUCGCAUCUUUGAAAACUAUGUCGAAUUUUAUUCGCACGUACGUAGUCAUUUUAUACGGCAAUCGAUAUGUAUACACUGUGGUGAAAAAGUUGGGGGCAAACUGAAAUUUCAUGUGUGUACACACAGCGAGGAAAGCAAUAUUUGUGUGUAUUGCUUAAUUGUCUUCAAGACGUCUGAAGAUUUGGAAAAGCACUUGAAGACUCAUGUACCCGAAGUACUGCACAUGUAUUUGUGUGACAUAUGCGGAGAAGGGUUUCAGGAAAAUACUGCUUUAGAAACGCAUAGUCUAAGUCACAGUGGAGGAACACCGCAAUACAUAUGUGAGUAUUGCGGCCAAUCUUUUGUGCUGCUGCAAACUUACAGGAAGCACGAACAAAGAUUUCAUUCAAACACAGUUAAAGAUGGUCAAAUACAUAAGUGUAACAAUUGCUUAAAAGUUUUUAGUAAUCCGAAGUCGUUAGUUCAACAUUUCAAAAUACACACGGCACAGGAACAGUUGAAAUGUGACAUUUGCGGUUUAACUUUUCGACUUCCCUUUAGUUACAAUGUCCAUAUGUUUUUACACAAAGUGCGUAUGUCAACCUUCAAUUCGAUGUCACUGAAUUGUGCAUUUUGCUUUGACAUGUUUACGAAUAAGGACGACUUAGAGGAACACUUAUUGGAUCAUAUAGAAAAACCUUACCAAUGUCAUGAAUGUCAUAAGUUCUUUCCAACUAAGGCGAAAGUAAAGCAGCAUUUGAUACAUCACAGCGGAGAAAGGCCAUACACGUGUGAAUAUUGCAGUAAAACGUUUAAGAACCCAACAACUUUAUAUCAGCAUAAAAAGAUCCACAUUGGUAAGAGACCAUACGUCUGUAAGAUUUGCCUUCGGUCUUUCAUUCAACAACAGCAGCUUACAAGUCAUAUGUUUACUCACACUGGAGAAAAAAAGUAUGUUUGCCAAUACUGUGGGAAGGCGUUUGCGUUAAAUGGAAAUCUAACCGUUCAUGUUAGACGACACACUGGAGACACACCAUUUCAUUGUACUACUUGUGGCAAAGGUUUUUAUGAUAGCAGCACACUUAAAAAGCAUAUUGUAUGGAAGCAUACAGAUUAAGUUUAUGUAAAUAAAUCUUUGUAGCUACUA